AUGGCGGACCAAAUGGCGGUGUUGCAGCAAUUGCUGCUAGCAACCCUUGACCCUCGGCCCUCCGUGAGGCAAGCAGCGGAGCAGCAGCUGACCACAGCGAGACAAACAGAUCUAGGUCAGUUUGUCAGCUCGAUGGCUGCUCUCAUUGCUUUAGAGCAGCCGCCCCAAGGGCCUCAGGGGGCCCCCAGUAGCCUUGAAGAUCUUCUUAUAGCCAAGCAGAUUGCUGCUGUGACAUUCAAGAACUCCAUCAGCGCUAAGGAUAUGACGCUAGAUGGCGCGGCUGCACAGGCCUGGCGGGAUCUUCCAGACGCAACGAAAGCCGAAAUAAGAAAACAGUUGUUGGCAGCUUUACAUACGGACUGCACUCAGGUCGGCAACGCAGUUUGCCAGGCCUUAGCGAAGUUGGGGGUUAUAGAGCUGCGAGCCUUGGAGUUUGAAAACCUCUUACCUGCACUCCAAGAGAUGGUGCAACAGGCAGUUUCAUGCCAGCAGCCGCAACCGCAGCAGCAGCUCGCCAGGGCAUGCGGACGCCACGCUUUAACGUGUCUUGCGUAUCUGUGCGAAGAACUUGCCGAUAUUGUUUCAGAGGGAGAAGAUCCGUCAGAGGUCCUCUCGAAAGAAAGAUGCAAUGUCGUGCUCACAGCUGUCGUUCAUGGGUUGACGGAUUCGGACCCACAGUUGAAAGUGGCGGCGUUGCGAGCGCUCUACCAUGCACUAAUUUUCGCAAAGGAAAACUUCAAUAGAAAGGAAGAACGGGACUACAUCAUUGGUGCGGUAGUGGAGGCUGGCGGCGCGGCGAAUCCCAGUCCUGUUCAAGUUGCAGCUUUUGAGUGCAUAGUGCAAGUUGCACAGGAGUACUACUCUAUCUUAGAAGCAUACAUGCCUACUGUGGGACCACUCACUUGGCAUGCACUCGAGGGGUCGGAUUCAGCAGUUGUGAUUGCGGCGUUGGAGGUGUGGAAUGCGUUGGCUGAGGAAGAACUAGCUAUAAUAGAGGGCGACUCAACUCGAUGGACUCUCUUGAAAAUUAUGGAACAAGCUGCACCCUUCUUGCUUCCCCUUCUUCUUUCACAACUUCUCAAUGCAGCGGAGGAUGAGGAUGAUGAUGACAGCUGGACCCCGGCUAUGGCUGCCGCUAUCUGUUUAGGCCUAUGCGCACAAGUAGUGAAGGAUGCGAUCCUGCCUCCCGUGCUAGAGUUCGUGCAGUUAAACUUCUCAUCAACUGAGUGGCGUCGGCGAGAGGCGUCUCUGUUGGCCUUGGGCUGUGUGAUGGAAGGGCCAAGCGCAGAGGCAAUGGCCCCUUACGUCGCAACUUCGUUCCCCAUGCUGGUGAAGGCGGUUGCGUCGGAUGCCUCAGUAGCUGUGCGAGACAGCGCCGCAUGGACCCUCGGCAAGGCGGCGCAGCAGCAUGCACCUAUUGUGCUGCGUCAUCUGUUCCCGCCGGCCGGCGUGUCGGCUGCUGGCGCCCCAGCCAACAGCAGCGGCGAACUCCUCCUUGCGAUCGUUGAACGUCUCGCUGACCAACCGAGGGGCUCUUUCCGCUCUGUGUCGCUGGCCAUUGCACAGGACGAGAAGAAUCUGCGCGAAGCAGCAUUUAAUUGCAUGGGGGCGUUGAUUAAAAAUGCAGGCAGUGCUUGCUGGAACCAUCUUCUCUCUCUCCUUGAGCAUUUUGAGGGUCAGCUGAGAAAAUCUUUUUCUUUCGAACAGACAGAACAGACGAAACAACGCCAAGGGAUGCUAUGUGGCGUCAUUCAGAUUCUCUGCCUACGUCUUGGUGACCAAGUGAAGCCCGUCGCUGGCAGCCUUUGGAACACUCUCAAGCAGGUUUUCCAGCGGCCUACGAACGGCGUGCAGGUUAACCAGGUCGAGGGUAGCGCCUCGCCCAGCAAUCCUCAAGGAUUUGUCGUCAGCUCCGAGCCGAGCGUCUGCGAUGCGCUGCUUGCACUUUCUGCCCUUAUCAACUCCUCUGGCCCUGCGGUUUCUCCCUUUGCGGAGGAAGUGGCGGACUUGCUGGUGCUGCAAAUGAAGCAUCAGUGGGAACCGCAAGAAACAGCACCGGCGGCAGCAGCUGCAGCCUCUACCACGUUAACAAAUGACAGCAGCACGCCAGACGAGCUACAGGCUGCGCGCAUAUGUAUAGAACUUGUGGGGGAUCUUAGCCGGGCCCUAGGGACGGAGUUCGGACGCUUUUCGGAUGCCCUUCUCCAGCAGUUUUACGAGCUGCUCCGGGCCGCGUCGGUGGACAGGUCUCUUAAGCCAGUCGUGAUUGUCGCAGUAGGCGAUGUAGCACUGAGUCUCGGGGGUGCCAAGUUUGCGCGUUUUGCCCCGUGGCUGAUUGAGCUGCUGGUACAGGCGGGCGUCACCCCUUAUGAUGCGGGCCCCCCCAACUGGCAACUCAAUGAGGAGUGGAUGUGGUACGUGCAUGAGCUGCGGUCAGCAACUCUGGAGGCCUUGGCCAGCUGCGUAUAUGCCUUAAAGGAGGCACAGUUGCAGGAAGUGCUGCGCACAGAAGUCAACGGGAUGUUGCAGGUGGUAAAGGCCGUCGCAGAAGCCCCAUCUUGGGUCCACGGCUCAGCGCAGAUGGUGCAGCAGGCACUGGAGCUUACAGGGGAUCUUUUAUCGACAUUUGGGCGGACACUGGGAAGUCACUUGCGCUCUCUAAGCUUCGUUGUUCAGUUGCAGAGGGAAGCCGAGCGUCUGGCAACAGAAGAAGGCAACGCCGCUGUUGGAGCGAAAGCACAUUUUGUAAAUGGCUGGGGAGGCGACGAAGAUCCAGGCUGUCCGUUGGUGUCAGUCUCUCGAAGGGUUAGGGAGAUGACAGGGGUGGUUCUUUUGGACCCAGGAGACCCAAAAGACGGCCCCAAUGCCUUUCCAGUUUUUGUGGAGGUUUUGGUGCGGCUGCUUCUAACGAUUGCUGCUGUGUCUGCUGCUGCCGAUGCUUGCUGCUGUUGUUUGAAUCUCUUCCUCUCGGUCGUUGGCUUUCUUCUGGGCAUAGCCAGGCGACAAGGAGAGGCGCUGCAGUGCUACCAAGAUGGUGGCAUAGCAGACCAUGUUUUUUCUGCUGCUGUUUAUGCUGCUGUUAGUGCUGCUGUACGAGGAGUUCCCGCUUGGGAUCCGCUCCUCGGUUUUGCUUUGCAUGGGAAGUUCGUACUGGCACGUCUAGAACUGCGGGGGUUGGUGAAGUGGAAGGUCUUUGUAGGCUGCGUAACUGUUAGGGUUGACCCCAACAUUCCAUGCGGUUCUGUUGUGGAACUCUCGGCCACUGAGCUGCGGCAGCUCGCUAAAGAUCUACAUGCAAAGUGCACUUACCUCAUUAAGAAGACUUCUGAUUCUGUCUGCUGCUUUAAGUUCAACGUGGCUUUCUUUGAACAGUAUGGACCAGGAGGAAUGGAGGCUGACUGCAUAACUUUAGACCCAUACUUGGGGGAGAAUGCGCUCCUCCCCUUUGUUAAGGAAAAAGGGAAGGGGAUAUUCGUCGUUUGCCGAAGUUCAAAUCCACGCAGCUCCGAUUUGCAAGGGCUUAUUGUUAGUGGGCGUUCGGAGGAAGUGCAGAUGGAGGCAAAUAAGGAGGUGUUCAUGCGAGUGGCUUGCAUUUGCGAUAGCGUGAGGAGGCAAAGUGAACCUUCCCUGACAGAGGGUGGAGGCUUAGUUGGCUUGGUUGUGGGUUCAACAUAUCCUGACGACAUGAGGAGAAUUCGUUCUAUUUUCCCCGAAAUGUGGUUCUUGUCCCCGGGCAUCGGCGCGCAGGGGGGAGACCUCGAGGCAACCAUUGAAGCAGGUCUCAGGAAAGAUGGUCUCGGCCUCAUCGUGAAUGUCGGACGGGCAAUCUCGGAAGCGGAGGUAAACGACGUCAAGCAGGAACACGAGGUCCAAACAAUAGUGCGGUGA